GGGCCAAACAAGGAAAUGGCAUAAAGGUGAAGCAAUGUCCCUGAAAGGAAUAGUCUCACAGACUCUUCUUUCUUUUUAGGGGUAGGCACAAGGGGACAGACGGCAUGCUGCUGUGUGACAACAGAUAAGCACCUAACACUUUUGCAUCCUGGCUCCAAGACAUACUAGUUCUACAUCCUUCAGCAUGUCACUUCUCUCUCUGGGCCUCCUUCUCCUUAUCUAUUAAUAUAAAACUAGAAUAAUACAUAAAGUUAUUAACAGUACUUAUUAAGUUUAUAAAGAUUAAAUCAACUCUUAUAAGGACUUAACACAAUGACCAACACAUAAAAAGCGAUCAGUGUACGUUAGCUUUUCAUUUCCAGCACAUAUACUUUUCUAAAUACAAUACACACUGUUUUAACCAAGGAUCUGAUGCUCUAGAAAACUGGAGAAUUCCUAUGGAGAGCCUUCCUUUCUCCAAAACUGCAUGAAUCCUGUUGACACGUAAGGAGCAGCUCCUGUCUGUCCAGCCACUGGAGGGAUACAAAGAUGACCUGCCCAGGUUCCUUGGCCUCCAGGGCUGGAGACCGCGAGGGUAGGCAGCGGGUCCGGAGAGGUCCCUGGCGACAGGAAGGGCUCCCAGGUUCCCACCUCCGGCAUCCUCAGCGCUCGGCCUCCGCCAGGGGGCGCGCUCCGACACACGGCACCGGCCGGCCAAGCAACACGGCCCCGCGCUUCGACCGAGGACUUAAGGCCGCGCGCCGGGAGGCGGGGACAGGCGGCCUCGGCGGGGACACCCGGCUCUGCCGGCAGUCCGCGGGGCGACGGCGGGAGGGGGCGCUGCGGGCCAGGCGGGCGCAGCGCGGAGGAAGUGCCGUGUUGGCCGCCGCCACAGCCGCGCCGGCCGCGAUGUCGUCCCGGCGGGGGCGCGACGACGAGGGGGCCGGAGCCGCGAGGCGGGCGCGGGAACCGGCGGAGCAGGAGCUGCAGCGGCGCCGGGAGCAGAAGCGGCGGCGGCAUGACGCGCAGCAGCUGCAGCAGCUCAAGCACCUGGAGUCCUUUUAUGAAAAACCUCCUCCUGGGCUUAUCAAGGAAGAUGAGACGAAGCCAGAAGACUGUAUACCGGAUGUACCAGGCAAUGAGCAUGCCAGGGAAUUUCUGGCUCACGCGCCAACCAGAGGACUUUGGAUGCCUCUGGGGAAGGAAGUCAAAGUGAUGCAGUGUUGGCGUUGUAAACGGUAUGGUCACCGAACGGGCGACAAAGAAUGCCCUUUCUUUAUCAAAGGCAACCAAAAGUUAGAACAGUUCAGAGUAGCACAUGAAGAUCCCAUGUAUGACAUCAUACGAGAGAAUAAAAGACAUGAAAAGGAUAUAAGGAUACAACAGUUAAAACAACUACUGGAGGAUUCCACCUCAGACGACGAAGAUGGGAGCAGCUCCAGUUCCUCAGAAUGUAAGGAGAAACACAAGAAAAGGAAGAAGAAAGAAAAGCAUAAGAAAAGGAAGAAAGAAAAGAAAAAGAAGAAAAAACGAAAGCAUAAGUCUUCCAAGUCAAAUGAAAGUUCAGACUCGGACUGACAGGCCAUUGACCAUGCAGCAUUCUCGUCUCUGAGAUCCAACACUGGCCAAAGCACAGAGGCACGUGGGAUCAGGAAGAACGAGGAGGGAGUGACACCAAGACGGAGGCCAUCUGGUGUCACACGUGACUCACCUGCCUUCCAGUGAAGACGUGACCACAGGAGCGGGAGUUGUAUCGUCCCAGGUGCUAACUCGAGAGUGGCUGAUUUCAGGCCGGAAAGCUCUUUCAGCUCCUCCUCCCUGCUGAGCACUGUGGUUUCUGAUUCCUCAGCAGAGUCAGGGCGGCCGGACUAAGGGAGUCUCCGAGGACGCUCCUCCAGGUGCUGUCACCCUCCAGAGCGAGGCUACUUAAUCCCCAGACUUCAGCCUUGACUUUUCUCUGCUGUUCAGAAUAAUAAAAAGUCAUUAUUUUUUAAACGUA